AGAGUAUUCGUUCGUGUUUCGCUCUUUUUGAAGUGAUAUAUUUGAUGAAUUGUCGAUGAAUUAUAUUCGAUGAAUUACGGCAGUUUUACGACAGUUCGAGACAGGCGCCGAAUUUGUAAAGUUCCUGAUUUGUUUUUCUGUUUUAGCUGAAGAUAUUUCAGCGACUUUAUUGACAUCUCAUUAGUAAAUUAGUUUGAUUAAAUAUUGAAUCAGUCGUGUGUUUAUGCGUGUGCGUUUUGUUUUUGACGUGUCAUUGUGUUUAUGAUUAUUGUCGUGUUAGUUUUUGAAAUAAUAAUUUAUACCUUAUUAGCUUAGCCAGCUAGCGUACACGAUUUACAUGUCACAUCCAUGCCAAAAAAUGGUCUGGGUGUUAUAUGCAUAGACAUAACGUCUAUUGUUAUGUGAAGAUCUGCUAAACAGAGCACGUCUGAGUGGAAUUUUCCCGGUACGCGCUUACGUCAGAAUUUUUGCGUCCAGCCGGAAGUACAGUACGUGAUUAAACUAAAAUAAAACAAAAUGACAUUGUUUAGAUAUAAAUGCCAAGCAUUUUACACUUUUAUAGAUGACCAAAAGAGAGUAUUCCUUCCCAUUCAUGUUCCGUUGUUUUUGAAGUUAUAUAUAUAUAUUUAAGGAACUCCCGGGAAAAACGGCGUAAUCGAGCCCUUUACGGCAGUUUUACGACAGUUUGUGACAGGCGCCGAAUUUGGAAAGUACAUGUUUGUUUUUCUGUGAGAGCAGCUCCAUAUCUAAAAAUACUUCAGCUCCUUUAUUGACAUUUUUGUCAUAUUAGUUUAAUGUGUUUAAUCUGUCGCCGCUUGUUUUAUGGAAAUUUCAUUUUAGCUGGUUUUAAAAUAAAAUAAAUCGUGUGGUAUUAGUUAGCCAGCUAGCUUACUUGCUACACUGACAACAAAGUGCCCUUGUGUUGACUCAGACGCUUGGCCAUGGCCGGUGUAAAUACACGCCAGGUCGCGCAGCAGCUCUGCGGAUUACAGUGAUGAUCAUUGUGGGAAGGUUACUGUCUCGGCUGGCAGAUCAGAGCCUUAUUAGUCGCUCGUUAUCCGUGAGUAUGAUGAGAAGAGCUCAGAUUAAGAAGGUGCUUUGUGUCGCUGAAAAGAACGAUGCAGCCAAAGGCAUCGCAGAGAUCAUGUCUAAUGGCAGAUCUAGAAGAAGAGAAGGGUACUCAGUGUAUAACAAGAUCUAUGAGUAUGAAUAUCAUCUUUUUGGACAAGAUGUUACAGUGUGCAUGACGUCUGUGUCCGGACACCUUUUAGGUCUCGAAUUCAAAGCUCCUUUUCAGAAAUGGCACAGCUGUAAUCCAGUCUUGCUGUUUGAUGCCGAGGUGGAAAAGUAUUGCCCUGAAAACUUUGUCCCAAUUAAGAGGACCUUGGAGAGAGAGGUCAGACAGUGCCAAGCUCUGGUCAUCUGGACUGAUUGUGAUCGCGAGGGAGAAAACAUAGGCUACGAGAUCAUUGAUGUCUGCAAAGCUGUCAAGCAGAACAUUCAGGUGUUCCGUGCUCGGUUCUCUGAGAUUACUCCUAGUUCCAUUAGGAGAGCCUGCGAGUCUCUAACCGAGCCAGACAUUAACGUCAGUGAUGCUGUGGACGUCAGGCAAGAGCUGGAUCUCCGCAUUGGAGCCGCGUUUACAAGGUUCCAGACUUUACGGUUACAAAAGAUCUUCCCAGAGUCUCUAUCUAAUCAGCUGAUCAGUUACGGGAGCUGUCAGUUUCCGACCCUGGGCUUUGUGGUGGAGAGGUUUAAAGCUAUUCAGGCGUUCAUCCCUGAGAACUUCUUUAAAAUUAAAGUGGUUCAUGAGCCUAACGAAGAGGAAUCUGUGGAAUUCAGUUGGAAAAGGCAUCGCCUGUUCAACCACACGGCUUGUCUUGUGCUUUACCAUAUGUGCAUGGAGGACCCCAUAGCAAGAGUGAUUUCUGUAACAAGUAAACCAAAAAGCAAAUGGCGUCCGUUACCCCUUGACACUGUGGAACUUGAAAAACUGUCUUCAAGGAAAUUGAAGAUAAGUGCGAAAGAGACCAUGAGAAUAGCCGAGAAGCUGUACACACAAGGGUUUAUCAGUUACCCUCGUACUGAGACCAACAUGUUUCCGACAAACCUGAACUUGGUCCCACUUGUUGAGCAGCAGACUCAGGACCACGAAUGGGGGGCUUUUGCUCGAGGCAUUUUGGAAAGCGGUGGGCCGACACCUCGAAACGGAAACAAAUCGGACCAGGCCCAUCCUCCCAUUCACCCUACCAAAUACACAAAUAAUCUACAGGGAAAUGAGAAACGGCUGUACGAGUUUAUCGUACGUCACUUCCUGGCGUGUUGCUCCAAGGACGCACAGGGCCAGGAGGUGACUGUAGAAAUUGACAUUGCUGAAGAGAAAUUCUCUGCAAGUGGACUGACGAUUAUUGCCCGUAACUAUCUGGAAGUUUACCCGUUCGACAAGUGGUACAAUAAGGUUAUUCCAUUAUAUACACCUGAAACGACAUUCCAACCAACUGCUAUUGAGAUGGUGGAAGGACAGACCAGCCCACCUCAGCUCCUCACCGAGGCUGACUUGAUUUCUCUAAUGGAGAAGCAUGGCAUCGGCACGGACGCAACGCACGCUGAACACAUCGAGACCAUCAAGAGCCGCAUGUACGUGGGCCUGACGGACGAUCAGAGGUUCCUUCCUGGAGAGCUUGGGAUGGGCCUCGUUGAAGGGUACAAUUCCAUGGGCUAUGAAAUGUCUAAGCCGGACCUGAGGGCAGAGCUGGAGGCGGACCUGAAGCUCGUGUCUGAAGGGCGGAAGGACAAGACGUCUGUCCUCAGGCAUCAUGUGUCAAAAUACAAGACAGUUUUCAUAGAAUCUGUCAGGAAGGCGAAGAAGUUGGAUGAGGCUCUGUCCAACUAUUUAGGCCAGGCCCAAGAGUAUACAGAGCAAGAAGAACAGGAGUUAGAGAUGCCACUCCCCGUGCGGAAGUGUCCGCAGUGCGGCCGCGACAUGGUCCUGAAGAAGAAGAAGGACAGCGCGGGGAAGUUUCUGUCAUGCAUGGGCUACCCGAGCUGUAAGGCAGCAGUAUGGUUUCCAGACUCUGUGCUGGAGGUCAGCAGAGAUGACAGCAUCUGUCCAACAUGUCGCCCACAUCCUGUCAACAUGCUGAAGUUCAAGUUCAAAAGGGGAAGUCUACCUCCAGGGAUGCCUCUUGAGUUUGUUGGGUGUAUUGGGGGCUGUGAUGAGACUCUGAGAGAGGUCUUGAAUUUGAAGUAUCUCCGUGGAGUAGGAGGAGAUUCCAGCACUCAGGUUAAUCCCAGUUCAGCAUCACGCCAGUCGACUCGUCCAGUAAUUGAUCCAGCACUUCAGUCCAGGUCUGAGAACAGACCACCACCACCCAACUCUACACCAGCAUGGUCCAUACAACCAUCACAUUCUAUCCAGAACGGUGUUGUGUGUAACUGUGGCCAGGAUGCACUUCUUCUCACCGUGCGUAAAGAGGGUCCCAACCAAGGUCGUCAGUUCUACAAGUGCAAUACGGGGAACUGUAAGUUCUUCCUGUGGGCCGAACAGCAGAACGACCAGCUUGGGUCAGCAGGGAGCAUCGGCUCAACAGGACAACCGGGCCCUAGCUGUCAACCUCCCAGACCUUCUCUUGGAUUUGGAAACACACCCCAGCAGAUGCAGGGCAGAAGAUCAGGGGAAGGUCGAGAAGAGCAUAUGUGCAACUGUAAUGUACAUGCGGUCACGAGGACUGUCAUGAAAGACGGGCCGAACAAGGGCAGAGUGUUCCUCACCUGUGGCAAACCCCGGGAUCAGCAAUGUGGCUUCUUUCAGUGGGUGGAUGAGAACGUUGCUCCUGCUGCUGUAGGGAACGUGAGAGGAAACGGCAGUGAAUGGACUGCUAGUAAGAAGAACGAAGCCUCUUCAAGCAAAGCUGCUGCUCCUAAAAGGCCAAGGACUUGUGGGAUUUGCCGUCAGCCGGGCCACACGCGCAGCACCUGUCCUCAGGGCCAGUGAGACAGGAGCAAAUGGAGAUGAUUGUCUGUGUAUAUUAUGUCAAUUGAAUGAGUUUUUCUAUAAUUUGUAACGUUUUACUAUCUAAAAAUAGUAAACACUUGUACAAAAUAAAAGCUAACAUUUAUAAGAA